AUGUCUAUGCUUCUUAGACAUGUAUGGAAAGAAGCCCUUGGACGAAACCAUAGCCGUCGGUUCUCAUCUUCGUUAUGCACCAAUCAGCCUUAUCUCAUCCUCGGGGGAGAUUAUUGUGGGGUUGAUUUGAUCAAGGGUGAUAACGUUGGGCACCUCGAGUAUUAUGAUCCUUGUAAAGGUGAAGUCAAGGUUUCGGAAAAGAUAGUGCCUAUGGAGUUUCUGGAGUUAAUGGGAAGGAUUGGAUCGUCUCAUGGUUGGGUAGCUUCUUUGAACACACGUGAUGCGUCCAUGUCUCUCAUAGAUGAUCUUAACCCUACCACUUCACUAGAUUCAUACCCAAAACGUAUUUCACUGCCUCCUUUUGUCACUUUGCCUUAUUGCCAAACCCAACUUGUCUCUAACGUGGCUAUGUCGUCCGCUUCUCCUGAACAAGAGGACUGUGUUUUGGCUGUCAAGUUCUUUGGACCUCAGCUCAGCUUAUGCAAGCCAUGUUCCGGUCCGAAUACGAAAUGGUUCAACAUCAGAACCCCAAAUAGGUUUUUCAACUCCCAGGUCAUGUACUCCAGAAGAAACCAAAUGUUCUGCAUGGCCGCUUCUGGAGGCCAUUACACGGGAUCAUGGGAUCUCCACAAACAUAGGCAUAACCCUAUAUUGAACCAGUUGAAGUUGCAAAACUUUCCCAAGUUGAUGCAACCGGAGCUAGGACUGUUGGAUUCAUGUUUCAGGAGGGAAGACUUGGUGGAGUCACCCACCGGUGAAUCCUUUCUCGUUAAAUGGUACGACGACGGAAGCAGCAGCUAUAGUGAUUCGGAAAAGUCGAAAACCAACAAGCUUUUCUUGGUGUUCAAGAUAGACGAGGAAGGUAAUGCUUGUUACACUCAAGAUAUUGGAGAUCUUUGCAUUUUCUUGUCCAAGUCUGAGCCUUUCUGUCUACAUGCAAGCUUGUACUCUGGCCUCACUCCUAACUCGGUCUACUUCGUUGGCUUCGACGACAUAGGAGUUUGCAAUCUUGCCACUUCCACCGUCCAUCAGAUUCCAAAUAUUAAUCCCGACAAUUACCCGUCCAUGACUACGUUCUGGCUUCAUAAUUAG